CUUUUUCACGCGCCGACUCUCCUCUCCUCUCCUCUCCUCUCUAUUUCUCCCCUGCUUCUCUUCACAACAGCAGCAAUCUCUCCCUGCUCCUUUUCUUCCAGCCACCAAACUGCAACCCGCAGCAGUCCUCCCUCCUCCAUUUCUUUUUUCCCCGCUGCUCCUUCUCUUCUCAAGAGCAGCAGCCACCACAGCAGCCUUUAUUUUUCCCCUUUCCUUGCCCUCCUCACAUCUCGGCCGCAGCCGCCGGAGCUAGCCGAGGCCGCCAGCGAAGAGGAAAAAGGUGUUCCUUCCUUUUUUUUUUACACUUACGGUAGUUUUCUUGAUUUUUGUUUAACUCAUCUCUAGCAAAAGGUCUCUUGUUCCAGUAACCAACGGCAAGCCCGCUAAUCACCUUUCUUCCAGUAACCAUCACUCCUUUCAUUUCCUCUUCGCUGUUGGCUGUUUAGAUAUUUGCACAAAAUCCAAACAGGUUCUCUGCUCUAUCUCCUCAUGACGAACGUUGUGUGAACUAGUUGGACAUAUAUGGCCACUGAUCAGCAGCAGAUCACCCUCAAAGUCUUUGUGAACAAGACCAACAACUGCGUAGCUUUUGUCGAAUCGGACUCGGAUUUCGUAGAUGUUCUCCUCAGCUUCCUCACGCUGCCUGUUGGCACCGUCGUCCGUCUUCUCAACAAGCAGUCGUCCAUGGGUUGCUUCGAUAAGCUUUACCAAAGCGUUGAACAGCUGGAUGAGAAGUACCUGGUGACGGCAGCGUGCAGAUCGAUGUUGACCAACCCAGUGAAUUCCUCUGGAGUGAAAUGCCAGAAACUUAGGAUUAAUAUCGACGAGAUGGGAAAGUUAUAUAAAUGCUCUUCCGCUAACUGCUAUCGGCUUAGCUACAGCUAUUAUUCAGGCCUCAAAUGCCAGUGUGGUGGUUCCAUUAAUAAGGCAGUAGUUAGUUAUGAGCUGAAUCGAGAUGGUGUUAAUUAUGAAGAAUUUCAUGGCGUAUUCGUCAAAGGGGCUAAAUUUGUUGUUACAGAUGCUCUUUGUAUAGCUUUCGUUACGGACCUCAUUUCGACUUUAAACGAGUGCGGCAAUGAUGAUUGUAACCAUAUGGAAGAGAGAUUGGUAAAGAUCGAACGAGAGCAGGUUUUACAUAUUCUUAAAAGGUCCCUCAUUUCCAACACUCCGCUAACUGAUGUUUUAUUGCACAAUGGAGAAGACAUGACGACGCCCAAGGUUUCAGUCCCUUCCAUUGAAAAAACAGUUGAAAGAAAGGCGUUUGAUGAGGAGAAGAAGAUCUACAAACUCAACAUGGUCCUUACUCGUAACAAGGUGCUGUAUGCUGCGGCAAGUCAGGACUUCGUUGAUUUAAUUUUCAGUUUUCUCACAUUCCCAUUGGGUUCUCUGAAGAGGCACUUGGGCAGUCGAUUCCGGAUUGGAUGUCUCAAUAACUUGUAUGGCAGUGCAGAGCGUUUGCGGUCAUCUGGUUUCGUGGUUGCAGGCUGCGAAGAGAGACUUCUUAAUCCUAAGCUUGCGCCAUAUUUCAAUUGCAAGAAUCAAGUCAUUGGAGUGGAGGAGGAGAAGCAAGUUAUCUACUAUACUUGUAACCACUGCUGCAAACUAAGCACUACGCGUUAUUGCUGCAUUUUACAUGAGGCGUGGGCAGAACAGGCAACACUUAUAGACCCCAAAGGUCAACCCGGAGGAACAAUUUCUUCACGCGGAAGCUACUGUCAGGAACUAAUGUACAUUGUCACUGACGAACUCGUAGUCACCCCACUAUCCCUCACAGAAGUCAUUUCAUUUCGCAAGGAAAUCUCUGAUCCCAUAAUGAUGGCAGAGUUGAGCGUAGCUGAAGAGGAGGUUCAUGAUUUUCUUGUUGUUGCUUUGACGUCCAAAACAGCGCUAACGGACGCCUUCUUAGCAAGCACUGUUGGUGUGCUCACUUCGAUGGGCGUGAAGGGUGAAUGAUCCAUCAGAAGGAGAAGAGAGGACGGUGGGAGAGGGUGGUAGUAAAUGAAUGAAACUGAUCAAUAAGUUAUCGUAUCAUUUUGUCAGUUGUGCUCUUGUUUAAUUUCUUAUCAGAAAAAUUAUCAUUUUAGUUUAA